ACCGACUGCAGCCCCAUUGCGCGACACGAACGCGUCAUUGGACACAACACCACUUUUUGGACAAUCACAGACACUCACAACCCCGCAAUCCACCUCGAACCUCUCGCUGCACUUCACUGCGACUGCUGCAGCUCCACCACACUCCAUCACGAUGCCCUACAACAACACCCCGAUCGCGCCCUCGAAAGAAGUUACAGGCCAUGUCUCCCUCCCACUCGCACGCGUCCAAAAAAUAAUCAAUGCCGACCCUGAGCGCCUCACCGUGACCAAAAAUGCCUCCUUCGCCAUCGCCCUCGCCACGGAAAUGAUGAUCCAGCACCUCGCUGUCACAACCCACAACGUCGUCAAAGCAGAGCGCAAGCCGCGCCGCAACAUCCAGUAUCGCGACGUCUCGGGCGCGGUGAGCAAGACGGAUAAUCUGGAGUUCCUGGUUGAUGUUGUGCCUAAGACGACGCAGUACGGUGUGUACAGGAGGAGGAAGGCGGCGGAGGAAGAGGUGGCGGCGAGGGAGCGGGCUCAGGAGGGCGAGGAGGUGGAUGUCAAAGGGAAAGGGAAGGCGGUCGAGGAGACGAGGAAGGUGGAGAGUGGGAAUGGUAUGACGCAGACGACGCUGCCUGGUAUACCCAUUGAGUCGGGGGCGGCACAGUCGUUGCUGGCUAGAGCUGGGGAAGGGACAACAACGACAACGACGAUGACGGCGACAGCUUCGACACUGCAGAACGGCACACAGCUCGAUCCGCUGGCGAGGAAAGAGCUCGUGCCGCCCGUGCUGAAAACGGAGGCUAUGGAUGUUGAUGGUGGGGCUGGCGAGGAAAGACCCGCGGAUAGCGAGGGCGAGGAGGAUCCAGCGGCUAUGCAGAUCGAGAUGGAGAUGCGCGGGCCCCUGCGUCAGAACGGAGAGGAAAAAGGGCAGGAGACUGUGAGUGCGGCGCCAACUGCAAGGGUGAGUUCGGGAGGGUUUACAGCGAUUAACGGCCGGUGAGAAACCGGAUGGGACUGCCGUGUACGGAUAAGGAGUUGGUUGACGAUCGGGGAAACAUUGCAUACGGAUAGGCGUUCGGGACGUUCAAUAUGGCAGGGCAAUAUAAAUGCCUCUGGUGGGAGGAUCAUAGUAGUCGCAAAGAUAGGCGGACAAUCCAAGAAACUCGAAUCCAAGAGACUCGAAUCUAAGAAACUCG